ACAAAAGUUAUUUUAAGAGCUCAGGAUACAACUCAAAAACCAGAUAGGGAUUCAACGUACAAUUUUACAAUCGUGCAUCAAGUCUUCUUUCUAUUGCAAGCUCUUGUCUCGUCCCCAACCAUUCAACGAAUAAAUCUAAAAAUUAUUAUGACUCGAUAGCGGAGUCUCAAAGAAUGCUACAGAUGUACAUGCGAUUUACUUUACAAUAAUUGUGGAUCAUUUGAACUUCCUAAACCUUUCUGUCUGCUGUAACCUCAAGCUUUAGUUCUUGAGAAUACAGUAGUCAUGGACGCCCAGAUUGAGAAAGCCAUCGAGAUCGCAUGGGACCCUCGAUCCGACCCAAACUUAAAAGAACAAGCGGUUCAAUAUCUCACUCAAGUUCGAGGCGACACCUCGAGCCUACAAGCAUGCCUUAACCUCUUCACCAGAGCUCCAAAAGCCGCCGAAGUCGUACGAUUAGUUUCGCUGGACAUUGUCAACAAUGCGAUACAAACUCAACAUAUAGACGAUCAGAGCUUGCGUGGGCUCAAAGAACAACUACAUGACUAUGUCAGAAGAACAUAUGCCUCUGGGAACGAGGUCGAUCCACCCGCUUUACAGAACAAGCUCACGCAAACCUUGACAUUUUUGUUCUCAUCAUUAUACAAGGAAGGCUGGGAAAGUUUCAUCAGAGAUUUCUUAAGCUUCGCAGGACAUCAAAAUGGAUCAGUGGAUAAUCUUUCUGGAGUUGUAUUAUAUUUGCGGCUUUUGAGCUCCAUCCAUGACGAGAUUGCCGAUUUGAUGAUAGCCAGGGCUGGAGAAGAGACAAAGCGAAAUGUUGAGUUGAAGGACCUUGUGCGUGCCCGAGAUGUACAGACGGUGGCAGGGUCUUUUCAACAAAUCCUCACAUACUGGCAAGGCAACAACGAUGCCAUUGUUGAAAUGACAUUGAAGGUUAUUGGAAAAUGGGUCUCGUGGAUUGAUAUCUCUUUGGUCGUAAAUCAGGAUAUCUUGAAUUUGUUGUUUCCUUUGGUUGGCCGAAACCCUAAUGGUGGUGAAGACAAAGUCAAGGAUGCUGCCAUAGACUGCUUCACAGAGAUUGUGGCAAAGAAGAUGAAACCUUCUGAUAAGAUAGGAAUGAUUCUGUUCUUAAAUCUCGGAGAAGUUGUGUCGCAACUUAUCACAAGUCCAGCCCUACACGACUUACGGAACACCUCUAGCUAUGAUACCGAUCUUGCGGAAGCGGUUGCAAAACUGGUCAACAACGUUGUUUCAGAUCUGGUCAAAAUCCUCGAGGACACCAAAGUUGAACCCGAUGUUCGAGCCCAAGCAGAACAAUUAUUGCAAACUUUCCUUCCACUCCUACUCAGAUUUUUCUCGGACGAAUACGACGAGAUAUGCGCUACAGUCAUACCAUCUCUCACAGAGCUCAACACAUUCUUACGCAAAGCACAGCCAUUACCACCUGCAUAUUCCGCCAUGUUGACACCUAUUCUCAAUGCGAUAAUACAAAAAAUGAGAUACGAUGACACUUCUUCCUACGCCGAUGAGGAUGAAUUAACAGACGAGGCUGAAUUUCAAGAGCUUCGAAAAAGAUUACAAGUUCUUCAAAAGACUAUCGCCGCAGUUGACGAAGCUUUGUAUGUUGAUGUCUUGAGCAACGUGAUUGGAAGCACAUUCCAGAGACUCGAAGAGCAAAAUGGUCAGAUAGACUGGCGUGAUUUAGACCUUGCACUGCACGAAAUGUACCUUUUUGGGGAACUUACCCUCGUCAACGGUGGCCUUUAUGCCAAAAGCCAGCCAUCCAGUAUCGCAGCCGAACGUUUGAUCGUCAUGAUGUCCAAAAUGGUCGAAUCCGGCAUUGCUUCAUUCAAUCAUCCUGCCAUUUCACUCCAGUAUAUGGAAAUCUGCGUUCGAUACUGUUCGUUUUUUGAGAACCAAACCCAAUAUAUUCCUCAAGUUCUCGAGCAGUUCGUUAGUUUUGUGCACCAUAGUCAUUCACGAGUCAGGAUACGUUCGUGGUAUCUAUUUCACCGAUUUGUAAAACACUUGAGAGGUCAAGUAGGCAAUGUUGCGGAGACUAUCAUUCAAUCAAUCAGUGAUCUCCUUCCUUUGAAGGCAGAAGUACCAAGGGAAAAUGAUGAUGACAUGUCAUCAGAUGAUGGCAACCAUGAUGCAGCCGAUGUUGCAUUCAAUGCCCAACUCAAUCUUUAUGAGGCAAUUGGUUGUAUUUCAUCCACAACUUCAACACCAAUAGAGAAGCAAGCCAUUUAUGCCAGAACAAUCAUGGAUCCUCUAUUCUCAGACAUUGAGCGAAACUUGGAGCAAGCUAAGUCGGGAAAUGCACAAGCUGUUCUACAAAUUCAUCACAUCGUUUUCGCUCUUGGAUCAUUAGCCCAUGGAUUUUCUGACUGGUCCCCUGGAGAAGGAAAAAGGGCUGGACAAGCACCUGUCAAAGAGAUAACCAUUGAAUUCAGCCGUACCGCGGAAGCAAUUUUGUUUGCACUCGAGGCACUUAAGGCCUCUUUCGAGGUCCGUAAUGCAGCAAGAUCCUCAUUCUCUAGACUUAUGGGAGUCAUGGGAGUUGCUAUGCUACCUCUCCUUCCGAGAUGGAUCGAUGGCUUGUUAUCCCAAAGUUCUUCCAAAGAAGAAAUCGCCAUGUUUUUACGACUAUUGGAUCAAGUGGUAUUUGGAUUUAAGAAGGAUAUACAUGAAGUUCUCAACUCCCUACUGACACCACUUUUCCAACGAGUUUUUGCUAGCUUAAGCGAGCCGGUUACAGGAACAGAUGAUGGAAUUCAACUCGCUGAAUUGCGAAGAGAAUAUUUGACCUUCGUAACGGUCAUCUUGAAUAACGAGCUCGGUUCCGUGCUUGUCAGUGAGCAGAAUCAAGCUUUCUUUGACCCCCUUAUUCAGUCGGUCACAACCUUGGCGAAGACAGUCACAAAUGAAAAUGGCAAUCUCGCGGCCAGCAAGAUUGCCUUUAACGUCAUGACAAAGAUGGCAGAGAUCUGGGGUGGCCCAACGAUUGCGACUCCAGGCCAGCCCAUUACUUCGCCUGUUUCCCCUCAACCAACGUUUCCCGGCUUUGAUAGUUUUCUCAUUGAACGUUUUCACCCGGUUUGUUGGGAAGUUCUUCGCGAUCCAAACUUCAGACCAUUGGUCGAUGCACAAUCCAAGAGCGUUUUAAAUGAAUUGGCAGGGCUGGAACAGGUCAUCUAUAUGAAGACUGGAAAUAUGUUUGUGGAGCAUUUACAGGGCAAUUUCUUCCCAAGCAUGGGUGUAGAUGGUAGCGGAUUUAUUAAGAGCAUGGUGGAGAGUCCGGAAAGGAAGGGAUUGGCGACGUUUUUGCAGAAUUGGAUGAAAGGAAAAGCUUAGAGCAAUGCAUUCAUUUGCACAGGCGAGGAAUGAUGGUAGCGAUGAGACAAUGAGGUUUCGUUGAUAUCCGGUCAGAGGUGGAGAUUUACUGAUUGUUAGAACGGCAUGAGGGGAGGAGAGGAAUCAUUGCAUUUUCGAAUGGCGUUGGAAUGGAUGUUUAUAUCAUGGUUGGCCGGUGAUUGCAACGAAACUUAAACUAUACCACAAAUGGAUAUGCAGGUAUUGGGAUGGGAGGAUGAAUAUCAUGAUCCCUUCAAUUGGGCUUUAGGUUGAAACAGUGCUUUGGGAGAAGAAGUGGCUCGGCCUGAAGUUAUUGCUUUAGUUCAAAAACAGUGGAUGUGCUGAAAAUGGUGCUUGUCGAUUGUUGAUGAUUCAGUAAGCAAUUACUUAAAGAAAAAAGUCAAAUCAUUAACUAUCGUAUGUCGACAUGCUCUUAUGCGUGUAUUACGAUACGAGUAUUUGGGAUGAGUGCAGCGCGGUUGUGUAGUUGCAGAGGAUGGAUAGAGCGAGAUGAAAUAGCUGAGCUGUUGAAAUAAGGAGAAAGAGGUGGUAGACGGAAACUGGUGUGUAUGUUGAAGCCAAAUCCGAAUGAAGCGAAUUAGAUAUAUUAGAUAUAUUGGCUAGGUUAAUCUACCAAUCGAUUUUAUUCCCUAUGCUCGC